AUGGGAAUUUUUGCGCGGUCGGUUCUGGAAAUUUCGGAUUCUCCAAAAGAGGCGCAGGCAACAGCGACUAACGUAUCGUCGCAGAUGCAUCAUGUGUCUAGAACGAAACGGGGACAAGCAAUCGGCUCUGUUCGAGGAUUUCGUGGAUGUACAAUUUGGAUGACGGGGCUUUCCGGUGCCGGGAAGACUUCUGUUUCUUUCCAGCUUGAAGAAUAUCUUGUUUCUCAAGGAAUUCCUGCGUACAGUUUGGACGGAGACAAUAUGCGCACCGGUCUGAAUCGUAAUCUCGGCUUCAGCAAAGAGGAUCGCGAGGAGAAUGUGCGUCGCGUCGCCGAAGUCGCGAGGCUCUUCGCGGACGCCGGCAUCAUCACCCUCUGCAGCUUCGUAUCGCCGUUCGCGGCGGAUCGGAAAAUGGCACGCGAGAUUCACAGAAACGCCGAUCUGCCCUUCUUCGAGAUAUUCGUCGACGCAUCCCUCCAGGUAUGCGAAUCCCGUGACGUCAAGGGACUUUAUAAGAAGGCCCGCCAGGGUAUCAUUAAGAGUUUCACCGGCAUCGAUCAGAAUUACGAUGUACCCGUCACGCCUGAUCUCGUCGUAAACACGGAGAACGCGACUGUUCGACAAUCCACCGAUCUCGUCGUCGAUUUUCUCCAGCGUAAGCACAUUAUACCAAAGUUGGGCGAAUCCAAGCAACCUUUCCGGGAACUAUUCGUGAAAGAGGAUAGAGUAGAAGAUGUCCGGAAGGAAAUGAGAACACUUCCAGUCUUGGAGAUCGGAGAGAUAGAUAUGCAAUGGGUACAAGUUCUCGCUGAAGGAUGGGCGGCGCCUCUGAAAGGAUUUAUGAGAGAAAAUGAGUAUCUUCAAACGCAGCAUUUUAACUGUCUUAGGUUUAAAUCUAUCCUAUCCUAUAUAAUAGCUCUAUGUCUUACAAAAUUAACAGGCAUUAUGAAAAAUGAAUACAUGAAUCAAAUUUGUUUUUUUUUUCUCGUACAGACGCAGCAUUUUAACUGUCUGUAUGAAAACGGGGUUCAAAUCAACCAAUCGAUCCCUAUUGUUCUUGCCGUAAGCACCGUUGAUAAGGAACGCUAUAUCGAUGCGAGUGCGCUCGUUCUCAGAUAUCAAAAUAAGGAUCUUGCAAUCUUACGUAAUCCGGAAUUUUAUCACCACCGCAAGGAAGAACGUUGCUGUCGGCAAUUCGGCACCAACGAUCCUAGGCAUCCGUACGUCAGAAUAAUUCGGGAAUCCGGCGAUUGGUUAGUCGGCGGUGACUUGGAAGUAAUCGAAAGAAUUCGGUGGAACGAUGGUCUAGAUCAUUACAGGCUAACGCCUAACGAGAUCAGGAACAGAUGUCAGGAGAUUGGCGCCGAUGCGGUUUUUGCUUUCCAAUUACGAAAUCCGAUACACAACGGACAUGCGCUGCUGAUGCAGGACACCAGAAGAUACCUCGUCGAAGAGCGUGGCUUCAAGAAACCAGUUCUUCUCCUGCAUCCUUUAGGUGGAUGGACUAAAGAUGACGAUGUUCCUUUGCCGAUCAGAAUACAACAGCAUCAGGCUGUCCUCGAGGAAGGUAUCUUGCACAAGGAUACUAUUCUCGCUAUUUUCCCGAGUCCGAUGUGUUACGCCGGUCCUACAGAGGUGCAAUGGCAUGCCAAAGCUCGUAUGAUCGCAGGAGCAAAUUUCUACAUCGUUGGCAGGGAUCCCGCCGGCGUGCCCCAUCCUGAUAAAUCCGUCACACCGGACGGCAAUCUUUACGACGCUACUCAUGGGGCGCGCGUUCUUUCAACGGCGCCGGGCUUAUGGAAUCUUGAAAUUAUCCCUUUUAGGGUAGCCGCUUACGACAUCAAAGUGAAAAAGAUGUCUUUCUUCGAAGCUGAACGACAGGAAGAUUUUAUUUUUAUUUCCGGCACCAAAAUGCGCGCUUUGGCCAAAAAUGGUGAAGACCCUCCCGAAGGCUUCAUGGCACCAAAAGCAUGGAAAAUUAUCGCGAAAUAUUAUCAAACUGCACAUACAUGCAGGUGAGAAGUGAAUUAUCAAAAU